UGGCAAGGCAGUGGGCAGGCCAGGAGUCAGCCAGGUACAGUGGGCACGAGUCAUUAGGGCAGUGGGCUCUGAGUCAAUUGGCACAACAGCGGGCACCGGAUCAGGUACCGGAUCAUCUGGAUCAACAGCGGGCAUCGAGUCAACUGGCCUAAUAGGAUCAUCAGGCUGGAUCAGUUCAUCAUGCUGGGUAGAGGCAUCAGGCUGAGUAGAGGCAUCAGGCUGAGUAGAGGCAUCAGGCUGAAGAGAGGCAUCAGGCUGAAGAGAGGCAUCAGGCUGAAGUGCGGCUGGAGACAGAGAAGAGCUGGAGGAUGGAACAGA